AUGCUGAGUAAUACACCUGGAAUUAAUCGCAGCACAAGCUGGAGUGAAGUGAAAAGUAAGGUUAGCUCAGAUCCUCGUUACACGGCUGUAGCCAGUGAUUCUUGCCGAGAGGAUUUGUUCAAGACAUAUUUGAAAACUCUAAAGGAAGAUACACCUGAUGUCAUAAGGAGCAAGGAAGAAGAAAAGUUGCCUUCAUUCACCUCCAAGAAGAAAGAUGAAAGAGGAGAAGGGCAUCCAGCUAUUGAAGACUUCAGAAACUUUCUUGCUGAGAAAGUAACAGAUUCUGAAGGCUCAUUCGAAAGUUUCAAGUCAAAAUUUUAUAGAAAUCCCAGAUGGACAGAUGAGCUUACAGCAGUACAAAAGAAAAGGCUCUUCGAGAGUCGUGUUCGUGAAGUUAAAAAGAAAUUGCUUGAAAGUCAAGCUACAUGUGACAACACAAGGGACAAGGAAGAACAAAGCCAAAGUUUGCAUUCACCGUCAGUGAGUGAGAACAAUGAGAGCAGUACAAGUCAGAAAGAAGCAGCUGUUGAGAACUUCACAAAAUUUAUUGCUGAGAAAGUGACAGAUUCUGAAGGUUCAUUUAAAAGUUUCAAGUCAAGAUUUGAUACAGAUCUGAAAUGGACAAAGGAACUUACUGAUGCAGAAAAGAGGAAGCUCUUUGACAGUCAUGUUGAUGAAAUUCACAGAAAGAACCGAGAACUCUUGUGGUCUAUUUUGGAUGAAAUUGAACUUUCCUUGGCAACUACAUGGGAUAGUGUCAAAGACAAAGUUCAAGGGGACUCAAGGUUCAUCAGUUAUACUGAUAGUGAAAAGAAACAAGCAAAGGAAUAUGCAGUUUAUAUGCAUAAGAAGUAUUUGAAGGCCAAAGAAGAUUUUCGAGAAUUGCUCAAAGAGACACAAUUAUUCACAUUUAAAACCAAAGAAAUACUGGAACAGGGAAGCUUCUCUUUAAAAGACUUUGAAGAUGCUAUGCAGAAUGACAAGAGGUUUACUGCUCUUACAUGUAUCAGUGACCAGAGAGACCAAAUGAUUCUUGCCUACAUCAAUGAACUAAGUGAGAAAACUCAACCACCCGACUGA